CGGGGCGCGGGCACGCGGCGGCCGGCGCCAUGGCGGACUACCUCAUCAGCGGCGGCACCGGCUACGUGCCCGACGACGGGCUGACGGCGCAGCAGCUCUUCAGCUGCGGCGAUGGGCUCACCUACAACGAUUUCCUCAUCCUCCCGGGGUACAUUGACUUCACGGCGGACCAAGUGGACCUGACCUCGGCGUUAACGAAGAGGAUCACCCUGAAAACCCCCCUGGUGUCCUCUCCUAUGGACACGGUCACUGAGGCCAGCAUGGCCAUCGCCAUGGCGCUCACCGGGGGCAUUGGGUUCAUCCACCACAACUGCACCCCAGAGUUCCAGGCCAAUGAAGUGCGGAAGGUGAAGAAAUACGAGCAAGGAUUCAUCACAGACCCCGUGGUGCUGAGCCCCAACGACCGAGUGCGAGAUGUGUUUGAAGCGAAAGCUCGUCACGGAUUCUGUGGCAUUCCCAUCACGGACAAUGGGAAGAUGGGGGGCAAGCUGGUUGGGAUCAUCUCAUCUCGAGAUAUUGAUUUCCUGAAAGAGUCAGAGCAUGAUUUGCCUCUGGGUGAGAUUAUGACGAAGCGGGAGGAUCUCGUCGUGGCCCCAGCUGGUGUCAUGUUGAAAGAAGCAAAUGAAAUUCUGCAAAGGAGUAAAAAAGGCAAGCUGCCAAUUGUUAAUGAAGAUGAUGAGCUGGUGGCUAUAAUUGCCCGCACUGAUCUGAAGAAGAACCGUGACUACCCUCUGGCUUCUAAGGACUCCAAGAAGCAGCUGCUCUGUGGUGCCGCUAUCGGGACUCAUGAAGAUGACAAGUACCGUCUGGACCUCCUGGUGCAGGCUGGUGUGGAUGUGGUAGUACUGGACUCCUCUCAGGGGAACUCCAUCUUCCAGAUCAAUAUGAUAAAAUAUAUUAAGGAGAAGUAUCCCAGCCUACAAGUGAUUGGAGGAAACGUUGUGACUGCUGCUCAGGCCAAGAACCUCAUUGACGCAGGGGUCGAUGCCCUGAGAGUCGGGAUGGGCAGUGGCUCCAUCUGUAUCACACAAGAAGUGCUGGCAUGUGGCCGUCCUCAGGCCACAGCAGUCUACAAGGUGUCAGAAUACGCCAGGAGGUUCGGCGUUCCCGUGAUUGCGGACGGAGGGAUCCAGACAGUCGGGCACAUUGCCAAGGCCCUUGCACUUGGGGCUUCCACAGUGAUGAUGGGCUCCCUCCUGGCUGCCACCACAGAGGCCCCGGGUGAGUAUUUCUUCUCAGAUGGAAUUAGGCUGAAGAAGUACCGUGGCAUGGGCUCACUGGAUGCCAUGGACAAGAACUUGGGCAGCCAGAACCGCUAUUUUAGUGAGACAGACAAAAUCAAAGUGGCCCAGGGUGUCUCUGGUGCAGUGCAGGACAAGGGCUCUAUCCACAAGUUCAUUCCCUACCUGAUUGCUGGAAUCCAGCAUUCUUGCCAGGAUAUUGGUGCCAAGAGCCUGACCCAAGUCCGAGCUAUGAUGUACUCGGGAGAGCUCAAGUUUGAGAAGAGGACGACAUCUGCCCAGGUGGAAGGAGGGGUGCAUGGCCUUCACUCGUAUGAGAAGCGCCUCUUCUGAAGGAAGUCUGUCUGUCUGUUGUCUGUCAUCGUGCCACUCAGCCCUGCGCCACCUGCGCGGGAGCUGCUCUUGCUGCAGAAGUGCCAUUACUCUGUGGGCUGCCUGGAGCUCCCUGUGUCCCUUGGCUGCUUCAUCACCACCCAGCAGGGACCCCCACCCCCUGCCCGGGAGCAGUGAUCCUGGGCUGGUGCCUGGGGCCCUGCACGCGUUGACCGUGUUUUACAAUAAAAGAGGAAAAGAUGUGCAA